AUGGCGGAGGGCAAGAAGAAGGACAAGGCGCAAGCUCCAUUCGCACCUGAAAAUCCCCUCUCACCGCUGAGCACGCCGCGAGGGCUGCGCCUUUGCGGAUUCGGGAUCGAGAGAUCUUCUCCCUUUCGGUCUGAAACCCUCUCCCAAGUCCUUGGAUUUUAUUGCAAGUGGUUGGUUACUUUGUCUUCUUCAAGGAGGGAGCUCUUGUCCGUCCGUGGAGUUCAUGAACAGCAGGAUCCACUAGCUUCUGAUUCUCUUUUGCCUUCUUUUGGAGAAGAUGGUGAUGAUCUUCAGCAAGGCAAGCACAUGAAGCAGAACGACAAUGGCAACAACAUCAACAUCAAUAUCAACUUCAAGUGUAAUGGUGAUGAUCAUGUAGAUUCAAAGAAUGAGAACAAGGAGAAGGAUGGCAAGAGCAAGGAGGAACACAAGGAAGACAAGGAUGACAAGAGGGAGGAGAAGAAAGGAAAGGACAUGGAUGACAAGAGCAAGGAGAAGGACGAAACGAGAGUGUUUCCCUAG